UAUUUUGGUCCACAAACAUAAAACAACAACAACAAGACUUACAUGUCUUACAAUUUGAAAGCCGUGUUACUACUUCAUAACCUUCAAUUCCGCUGUGCCGCCAAACAGAUAAUUCUCAAAACUCUCAACCGCAUUACCCCCCAAAUCACCACCGCUCUCCGCCAUCUUCCCGGCCAUUUUCCUUUCAAUUCGCCUCUUCUUGUUAACCAAAGAAACCCUAAAAUUCAAUUUCUACCUUUUUGUUCAUACCAUCAAUUUUUCAUCUUAACCAUUUAUUAUUAUAUUAAUUUACAAAAAUCAAUGGUCUUCGUUAACUUAUUCUUCACCGUGGAAAAAAAAGUAGAAUCGGAUUCCUCUGCUUAAUUUCUAUCUAUUCUUCUUCUUUGUUCUUCUCUUCCACUUGAAACGUUCUAUAGUUGCACUUUCAAAUUCUCAUGCCAUUAUCUCUUCAAAAACCCACCAAUCUCCCCCGCCCCAUAUCAUGGAACCUUCUCAGAACCCACCCCACAACAAAACAAUCAAUACCCAGUUUUAAAAAUCUGAUUUUUAAAAGAGUUAAAGUUUUUUCAUCUCUCAGAACUUCCCUUGACUGUGUCUCUUCUGAUGGAGGAGGAGUUGAGAAGGGUUUGCAACCGAUUCGGUUACCCUUUGUGGUUAGGAGUUCUACUAAAGUCACUAGGUUCUUCUGGAAUGGUGGCUGCUUGGAGAUGGUUGUUGUUGAUGGUGGUUCUGGUUCUGAUGACGAGGAUGGAUUGGUGAGGGUGGUUGGUUCUGUUGUUAGGGACUUUUUUAUUCCGAGAGAUGUUAGUGAGAAUUAUAUGGAGUAUGUGAAGUGGAAGCUGAUUCAUCGUGUUUUUAGCUCUGCACUUCAAGUUCUUGCUACUCAGGCAAUGUUUACAGCCAUAGGAGUUGGGUACUCCAGUUCUCUUCCAUCAGCUGCUGCUCUUAAUUGGGUCUUAAAAGACGGUCUUGGACGACUAAGCAGAUGCAUAUAUACUGCUAGCCUAGCUUCUGCUUUUGAUACUAAUUUAAAGAGGGUCAGGUUCGCCACAUCUGUUCUUUUUGUUGGAAGUAUUGGACUUGAGUUACUCACUCCUUCAUUUCCUCGGUUAUUCCUGCUGCUUGCAACUAUUGCCAAUAUUGCUAAACAAAUAAGUCUCGCAUGCUACUUAGCAACUCGGUCAGCUGUUCAUCAAAGUUUUGCAAAAGCAGACAACCUCGGUGAAAUUUCUGCCAAAGCACAGAUUCAAACAGUGUGCUUUGACAUCCUUGGUCUCAUGCUUGCUGCCCUGGUUAACAUGUGGCUUGCAAGACCACAAACAGGUCUCCAUUUCUUUGUUUAUCCCUUUUUUGCAUCUAUGGACCUUUUCGGGAUUUAUCAAGGACUAAAGCAUGUCCAUCUGCAAACUUUGACUAAGGAUAGGCUUGAAAUCAUUCUGAGCACUUGGAUUGAGAACGGAUAUGUGCCUUCACCGGCGGAGGUUAGCGAGAAAGAAGUUAUUGACUUUUUUGGAGUUAAAGGUAAAAGCUUGUGGCCAAUUAGAAUAGGGUGCAUAAAUCCCAAAGACCAAAUAAUACCCAAUUUGUCAAUGAAGACAAUACAAAGCAUAACCGAUGAGGAUUAUUACUUUGUAUGCAUGGAAAUCUUCAAAGGAAUCAGAAGAACCGAGCAGCACCGUAUCCUUCUUUCUAUUCGUGAAGGAGCCGAAGCAGUGCAUAUAAUUAUGGGUUUGUUACAGGCUUGCUACAUUAAAAGGGCUCUUGUGAACAACGCAUCGAACUCAUCACUUGAGGAUUGGCCUGUAAUUGUGGAGGAUUGCAAGAGAUGUGCAGAAAGGGAUAUAGGUAAUUUGAUAGAACAAAUGGUGGGAAUGGGUUGGGUGGUGAAGAACAUUUUAUUGUCAAAGCAAGAGCAAGGUAGAUACAGUUUUGUGUGUGAAUAAUGAUGGUUUUCAAAUUUUGGUUGGCUCCUCAGCAUCAUGGGAGUGUUUGGGGUUUACUAUUUCUUUUAAAGAUUAACCAUCCUAACUGUUUAUAAAAAAAAGAGAGUAUAGAAAUUUGUUGUUGACAUGUUCAUCAUAUUCAUGAUUUGUCCUUUAUUUUAA